GCUAUUGUAUUUCGUUGAGGAAAUGUCCAAUCACGACGAUUGGCAGCCAGCUCUAUAUCGAAACGAGCACGCUUUUGUGUUUCAGAACGGUGCUUCACUUGUUGAACUGAUGAAUCCACAACGUUUUGAACUAGUCCUUGACCUUGGGUGUGGUACAGGUGAAUUGACAUACAAAGUCUCAAGUUCCGGUUGUUUUGUGAUUGGUGUGGAUUCUUCUUCAGCAAUGACUUAUUCUGCCAGAAACUCCUUUCCUGAAAUAGAGUUCAUAGUGGCAGAUGGUACAUUUCUUUGUUUUCGGUCCGUAUUGGAUUCUGUUUACAGUAAUGCCGUUAUUCAUUGGAUUAGCAAACCCUUACGGCUACUAGAAAGUGUUCACGAUUGCCUUUUGCCAGGAAAACCUUUUGUUGCAGAGUUGGGUGGCGAAGGAAACGUAGAGUCCAUUACAACUGCGCUUUGUCUAGCAACCGAGCAACAUACGAAUAGAAAGUGGGUUCCUACCAAGUGGUACUUUCCAAGGUUAACCCAGUUGGAAAGUUUAUUAGGAGAAGCGGGUUUUACUGUCAUAUUCAGUACAUACUUUGAUAGACUCACAAAGUUACAAAAUGGUUUUCAAGGAUUGAGAAACUGGUUAUCUAUGUUUUGUCCAGAGUUGUCAAGAAACUAUUCAAAAGAAGAAAUGGAAAGAAUACUUGAAACUGUGGAGACAGAAUUGCGGUCCAAGUUGUUUGAUGGAAACUAUNGAAAUUUUCCUAUGCGCAUUUUGUGUUUGCACGGCUUUCGACAAAAUGCCAAUAGCUUUCGAAAAAGAACAGGUGCUGUUCGAAAAGCGCUGGAAUCAAAAGUCAACUGUACUUUGGUAUAUAUUGAUGCACCCCAUGUUGUGGAGCCUGCUGGAGAAAUUCUCAUCGAAGAGACAGGCGAACGCAAGUGGAUUGGUCCACAACUUGGUUGGUGGAAAGCAUCCUCUGAUGGGAAGCACUAUGAGGGUUGGAGAGAAACUGUCGACUAUUUGAGAAAUGUGUUUCGUUCUCAGGGUCCUUUUGAAGCUAUUCUUGGCUUCAGUCAAGGAGCAGCACUGAGUUCUCUCAUCUGUGCUAUGAAGGAACGUGCAGUAGAACUAGGCCACGAAGAAUUUUCUUGCAUUCGUUUUGCUCUUAUUUUUUCAGGUUUCGUUUCCCGUGCUGAGGAACAUUUGCCUCUGAUAAAGACAACCAUCCAUACUCCUGCCUUGAUCUGUUAUGGUAAGGCAGAUGACUUGGUGGAUGCUUCUCGAAGCCAGGAUCUAGCCCAACUGUUUGCCAAUGCCACCAUUUUAGAACAUGAAGGUGGUCAUUUGGUUCCGUCAGGAGCAACCGAAAGGGAACAAAUCAUUCGUUUUGUCUUGCAACACAAUGACUAUAAGGAUGCUUUUACGGAGAUAAGACACAAUGGAAAGCAUUCUAAUCUUUGAAGGUGUUGAGAAAUACAGAUACAUUUUCGUAAAUAACAAAAGCUAGCUUGGAAGUUAUUGGUCGAUUUUGCUUCGUCACUAUUGAGCAUUAUAAUAUGAAAAUGAUAAAAGUAUUGGAAGUGUUUUUGAAGAAACUGAAUGACUUGCAG